CUCGGUCGCUACCCGGAUGUAGCGCCUAGCCCGCGGAGCCUGCCCUGCCCAGCCCAGCAAGAGACGCCCGGGAGGCUUUACCCGCUGCGGUUGAACCGUGCAGGAGGACGACCACUUUGCUGGAAAAAUGUACUAAUGCACAUACACAUAAUAUUACACACAACUUCAGAGGUGGCUUCUAGAAUCCACUGAAGGCUAUCAUCUAGCAGUCCGUGGACUCCAUCCAUGGACUCCAAGAGAACAAUGCAGACGAUCAAAUGUGUGGUUGUGGGGGAUGGGGCUGUAGGUAAGACCUGUCUCCUCAUCAGUUACACCACAAAUGCCUUUCCUGAGGAGUAUAUCCCCACUGUGUUUGACAACUAUAGUGCCCAGACAUCGGUGGAUGGCCAAAUCGUCAGCCUGAAUCUGUGGGACACAGCUGGCCAAGAGGAGUAUGACCGACUGCGAACGCUGUCCUACCCCCAGACUAAUAUCUUUGUCAUUUGUUUUUCCAUUGGCAACCCAUCCUCUUAUGCCAACGUGAGGCAUAAGUGGUACCCAGAGGUCUCGCAUCAUUGCCCCAAUGUACCCGUUUUGCUGGUAGGCACCAAGAGGGACCUGCGGAGUGACCUUGAGACAGUGAAGAAGCUGAAGGAACAGAGCCUAGUGCCCACAACUCCUCAGCAAGGCACUUCCCUGGCUAAGCAGGUGGGGGCUGUGAAGUAUCUGGAAUGUUCGGCCCUGAUGCAGGAUGGGGUCCAUGAGGUAUUUUCAGAAGCUGUCCGGGCUGUGCUUUACCCUGCCACAAAGAAGAACACCAAGAAGUGUGUCCUCUUAUAGCUUUGGGGGUGCCGCUUGGGGACUGCACCUAAGAAGAAUAAGGGGGAAUUCCUUUGACAGCACUUAACAACGCCAGUGGGAGCCAUUUAUCUCUUCUUCUGGAAACCCUAGACUUCAGAUUAUCUGAUUUUUGGAGGAAUGAAGAGAGGCUAGUUUGUACUUGGCUGCUUUGAAGGUCAGUCUGAACCUUUUGAAGGAAGUUUGAGUGUGUGUGUCUCCCCUGUUGAAGCGGUUAGGAGAGACACCACCAAGUGCUGUGCUUUUCUGUCUUGGCCAGGCCACGACUAAGCAGAGCAGCCUAGUUCUGUUCUUUGUGGGCUUUUGCUUGGCUGUUUGAAUUCUAAUUUCAGCUUUCCUGGCUGAAUUUACCAUUGAGCGAGUGCCUUACAGAAGGACAAGAUUCUCUAGGUUUUCAAAUCAUUGCCUUAAACUUUCUGCUAUGCUACUAAUUUUUGGAAACCAUUGUAUGUGUGAUUCCUGGGUGUUCCCAGUAUUGACAUCUCCUUUCCAUUCUUGAGAGAAGAUAUUUCUGCAAUUAUGGUUAAGCAGGAUUGUCUAGAGUUCUGUGAAACCGUAACAGAUGUUUCUUAAAAGGGUUCUGCAGUCAAAUAAGGCAGGAACCAGUGAUUUAUUUAUUUUUAUUUUUUUGUCUUUUUAGGGCCGCACCCACAGCAUAUGGAGGUUCCCAGGCUAGGGGUCGACUCAGAGCUGUAGCUGCCCACCUACACCACAGACACAGCACCGCAGCAUCCGAGCUGCGUCAUCGACCUACACCACAGCUCACGGCAAUGCCGGAUCCUUAACCCACUGAGCGAGGCCAGGGGUCGAAUCUGCGUGUUCGUGGAUGCUAGUCAGGUUCGUUUCUGCUGAGCCACGAUGGGAACUCCCAGGAACCAGUGAUUUAAAUAGUGCUGAAUAGGUUCUUCUACUGCAGGAAGUUAUAACUUUUAAGCAGCAUGCAAUGUUUCCCAAUCUUAUUUCACUGAACCUUUAUUUGGAGGGAUCCCAUGCAACACCUGUUAACAUCUCUGGGAACAGUUUCAGAGAUGCUGGGUUACUAGGGACUAGGAAUUCCCAUGGAGGAGAAAGUGAAGAAAAAAAAGCAUGAUGUGGUCCUGUUCUUUGUGAUCUUUCUCUCUUCAUGCCUUUGAGAGGAGUGUUUACCAGUCAUGGUCUUGUUAAUGGUUCUGCUCCCAUCCUUAGGAAAUGGGUUUGGCCCUUAGUCCUGAGAGUACACUGGCUAUGGGAUCUUUUUUUUUUUUUUUUUUUUUUGUCUUUUUGUCUUUAUAGGGCCACACCCAUGGCAUAUGGAGGUUCCCAGGCUAGGGGUCUAAUCGGAACUGUUGCUGCCAGCCUCCGCCAGAGCCACAGCAACUUGGGAUCUGAGCCGCAUCUGCGACCUACACCACAGCUCAUGGCAACGCCGGAUCCUCAUCCCACUGAGCAAGGCCAGGGAUCGAACCCGCAACCUCAUGGUUCCUAGUCAGAUUCGUUAACCACUGAGCCAGGACGGGAACUCCUGGCUCUGGGAUCUGAUGCUCAGAUCUGCCCUCAGAUUCUGUAACAUUCUGCUGUGGAAUGAAUAAUCUGUCUGCAAAGCUAUGUCUCUGAGGCUUCUGUGGGGCCCUUUUUUCUGUCACCCUUCUACUUUAGGGAAAGACCACUGAAGAUUAGCCCCCUACAUAAAACCAAGGAAACAACAAAAUUAAUUAGAACUAAUCAAAUUAGUUGCCAUUAGGGUGUUCUGUGAUUCCUUCUGAGACUUCUCUUCUGCUAUCAUUCUUCUGAGUCACUAUAAAGGCUUCCUGUUCCUCUCUCCUCUGUAUAUCCCCAUGUGUGUGCAUGUGUUCCUUCAACCCCUGUGUGCCUUUUGAGGUCUUUUAGUUGCUUCAAGAGAAUUGGAGUACGUUGGGGGUCUCCAGACUAUGGGACUUUCGUCACUCUUGUGAGGGUUUUGCUGGAGUUGCUCAGCCUGCCCUGGGACACAAGGAGUCAGAUUCCCUAUCCCAGUGGGUCUGCUACUCCUCCCUCCGUGUUUGUUUUCCUGUUUUUUUCUUUUUUAGGGCUGCACCUGUGGCAUAUGGAAGUUCCUGGGCUAGAGGUUGAAUCAGAGCUGCAGCUGGAGCCUACGCCACAGCCACAGCCACACCAGAUCCGAGCUGCAUCUGCAACCUACACCAAAGCAAUACUGGAUCCUUAACCCAUUGAUUGAGGCCAAGGAUUGAACCCACAUCCUCACGGACACUAUAUCAGGUUUGUAACCCACCGAGCCACAAUAGGAACUCCCUCCCUUGGUGUAUUUUUGACCUUCUUCAUUUGACAUGGAAGGAAAACUUUAUCUGGCAGAUAGUGGUUGACAACUCCACCGUGCACAUGUCCUUUCACCCUGCCAGAAGAGCAUGGGAUUUUUGAGAGUUUGGGAAAUGGAGCUAAAAGGAUCAUAUACAUCCCCUUGGAGUGGGUAAAGUACCUUUGCUUUGCUCUGUGAUAUUGUUAUUCUUUGACAAGACAGGAUCAGAGUAACCUCAGGCUAACUGAACCUCCUAGAUAGGGUUUGCCAGACAAAAUAUAAUUAGCUUUUUUUUUUUUUUUAAGGACUGCACCUGCAGCAUAUGGAAGUUCCCAGGCUAGGGAUCCAAUUGUAGCUGCAGCUGCCAGCCUACACCACAGCCAUGGUAACACCAGAUCCAAGCUGUGUCUGCGACCUAUACUGCAGUAAUGCUGGAUCCUUAACCCACUGAGCGGGGCCAGGAAUCAAACCCAUGUCCUCAUGGAUACUGGUCAGGUUUGUUACCACUGAGCCAUAAUGGGAACUCCAAAAUACAAUAAUUUUUUUUUACUAAUUUUUUAGUGUGUUUAUCUUGCAAUAUUUGGGACACACUCACACUAAAAAAAAUUGCUGUUUAUCUGAAUUUCAAAUUUAACAGGGCAUCCUGUGUUUUUAUUUGCUAAAUCCAGCAAUCCUACUCUUGGAGAAUCUGGAACCUGGAGGUUAAGUGAAUAUUGACCAAGUAUUGCUGGAAGAUAAAAUUUUAUGUACAUUUUCUAUUCUUUCAUUCUGGUUUUCCCCUUUCCUCACCAUGGACUAAAGUGUUUGUUUUUCCUUCAUCACUGUGCACCCUACCUCACCCAGUACUUCAUUGGUAUACAUUUCUACACUGUUGAUUGUUUAAAGCUGUGGAGGAUCCAGGAUGAAUACUACUGUCUAACAUACGCCUUCUAUCUCAGUUUCAGUGUACUGUUAUCUGUUUUCCAGCGUGUGACCCAGGGCCUCCUGGGGGUGGUGGGGAUUCUGUAUGAGCAGUGUGUUAACUGGAAGAGGGUGAGGGUGGCCCUCAACUAAGGCCUAGUAGCACUUUGGAAAGUGGGGCUGCUAUUAUGUGGCCACUGCCUUGGCAUAGAGACACUGGGUUUUCCCAAAGGCAGCCAAAUGGAAGUAUAUUCCAGUCUUAGGAUAUUCUAAUUGAUGCCACCUUGGGUGCUUAUAGGACUUCAUGGUUGAAAGGGAUUAGAAACAUGGCUGUCACCUGGGUCUCUGAUAACUUUCUCUUUGGUUACUGUAAUCUUUUUAGGUUGGCUUUUAAUUUAAUAGUACCUGAUAUAUUCCCAUAUGUAAGCCUGGCUUUGGUUUGGGCAAACUUGUGUCUUCUACUAAAUGGAGGUGUGAUCUACCAGUCUGAUAAAGUGGUUUUGUAUUGGACUGAUUUGAUAGUCUUAAGCAUAUACUGACAGACAUCUUGGUUUUUAUACUUAGACUAACAUGUUACUAUCACUUUUAAAUUAUUCAUAGUGAAUGGUAAUAAACUCUUCUGAUUUUACAGGUCUGUUGCUUUCUAAAAACCAAAGAAAUUCCUCACUACUCCCCUCACCCUGUUUUGUGCGGUUUUUAAUGCUUUUCAACUUUGCAAAGGAUUGAAAUAACUAUAAUUACCAUACUGCACAUGUGUAACUGUACUUUUUUCUUUUUACAGCUGCACCCACAGCAUAUGGAAGUCCCCGGGCCGGGGUCGAAUCAGAGCCACAGCUGGAUCCUAUGCCACAGCCAUGGCAACACCGGAUCCGAGGCGCAUCUGCAACCUACACCAUAGCUUGUAGCAAUGCCGGAUCCUUAACCUACUGAGCGAGGCCAGGGAUCAAACCCACAUCUUCACAGAGACAACAUCGGGUCUUAACCUGCUGAGCCACAAUGGGAACUCCUGUACUUAUUUUUCUACAUCAGAUAAUCAGGGUAGGGAACUGUCUGCCCUAACAUCGAUUCUCUAGUUCCUGCCCACCCCUUACCUAUUCAUCUCCAGGAUUUAGCUUCAUUUCCUGGUUUUCAAUAAUGACAGUCCUGUUAGUUCCCUUUCAGUGAUUUUUCUCACACAGCAUUCAGGAAACAAUUAUCAAGCUCCCACUGUGUUGCAGGCAUGACUUUGCUAGGGGCUGGGUUGUAAAGACAAGAUGUAUCAUUGAAUAUCUUUUGCCUCUUUAGUUAUCUCAGGAAAAUAUCCUUCCUUUUUUUUUUUUUUUUAGGGCUGCAUCUGUGGCAUGUGGAGGUUCCCAGGCUAGGGGUUGAAUUAGAGCUAUAGUCGCUGGCCUAUGCCACAGCCACAGCCACACCAGAUCCGAGCCUUGUCUGGGACCUACACCACAGUUCACGGCAAUGCUGGAUUCUUAACACACUGAGCGAGGCCAGGGAUCAAACCUGCAUCCUGAUGGAUGCUAGUCAGAUCCGUUUCUGCUGAGCCACGACGGGAACUCCCUCCUUCCUCUGUUUGUUAUAAAAAUAAACUAAUCCUGGCUGGCAACUGCAAAUAGUGCUGGUGCACUAUUAAGUGCAUGAGUAAGGAAGAGCAAAAUCAUGUUUUUGUUUUAGAAAAGCUUUAUUGAGGUGUAAUUUACAUACUGUAAAAUUCACUCAUUUAAAGUGUACAAUUUCAUGAUUUUUAGUAAACUUACUGAGUCAUGCCAUCACCAAAAUUCAGUUUGAGAACAUUUCCAUCACCCAAAGAGAUCCCUCAUGCAGUUAAUCCCUUGUAGUCAUCCCCAGACCUAGGCAACUACUCAUCUCCUUUUAUUUUCUGAACAUUUCAUAUAAAUGGAGUCAAACAAUAUGUGGUCAUUUUGAACUCUUUCCUUUCAUUUGGCAUGUUUUCAAGGUUCAUCCAUCCAUUUUCUAGCCCAUAUGGGUACUUAAUUUCUUUUUACUGCUGAAUAAUAUUCUACUGU